AGUUCCGCGUCUGCCGUCACCACCAAGGCUCCCGGCAUCUCCAAAGCAGAGAGUCAAUCCCAGGGACUGGCGACCAGCAUCCGGUGGGGGCAGACGCCCAUCAACCAAUCCACACCGUGGGACACCGACGAGCCCCCCCCCAAGCAGAUGAGGGAGAGCGACAACCCAGGCACAGGGCCAUGGGUGACCACAGUGGCCGCGGGGAGCCAGCCUGCCCUGAUCGCACAGUCCUAUGGAGUGGCCCAGCCUCCCACCUUCAGCCCAGCUGUGAACGCCCAGGCCCCGGUCAUUGGGGUGACCCCCUCACUGCCUCCCCACGUGGGGGCGCAGAUCCCACUGAUGCCGGCCCACUACUCGCUCCCGCAGCCGCCCUCCCAGCCGCUGAGCAGCAUGGUGGUGAACAUGCCUGCCCAGGCCCUCACCCCUGCCACCAAUGGACCCCCCACAAGUGACUCGGCCCACGGGCUGCAGAUGCUGCGCACCAUUGGCGUGGGGAAGUAUGAGUUCACCGACCCAGGGCACCCCAAAGAAAUGUUGAAGGAAUUGAACCAGCAGCGCAGAGCGAAAGCGUUUACAGACCUGAAAAUUGUUGUUGAAGGCAGAGAGUUUGAAGUCCACCAAAAUGUUCUAGCUUCCUGCAGCUUGUAUUUCAAGGACCUGAUUCAAAGGUCCAUGCAGGAUGGCAGCCAGGGCAGCCGGGAGAAGCUGGAGCUGGUGCUGUCUAAUCUGCAGGCCGAUGUGCUGGAGCUGCUGUUGGAGUUCGUCUACACCGGCUCCCUGGUCAUCGACUCGGCCAAUGCCAAGACGCUGCUGGAAGCAGCCAGCAAGUUCCAGUUCCACACCUUUUGCAAAGUCUGUGUGUCUUUUCUCGAGAAGCAGCUGACCGCCAGCAACUGCCUGGGCGUGCUGGCCAUGGCCGAGGCCAUGCAGUGCAGCGAGCUCUACCACAUGGCCAAGGCCUUCGCGCUGCAGAUCUUCCCAGAGGUGGCAGCCCAGGAGGAGAUCCUCAGCAUCUCUAAGGACGACUUCAUUGCCUACGUCUCUAAUGACAGCCUCAACACCAAGGCCGAGGAGCUGGUGUACGAGACAGUCAUCAAGUGGAUCAAGAAAGACCCUGCAUCGCGGGCACAGCAUGCAGCUGAGCUCCUGGCUGUGGUCCGCCUUCCCUUCAUCCACCCCAGCUACCUGCUCAACGUCGUGGACAAUGAGGAGCUAAUCAAGUCGUCAGAGGCAUGUCGGGACCUGGUCAACGAAGCCAAACGCUACCACAUGCUGCCCCAUGCCCGCCAGGAGAUGCAAACGCCCCGAACCCGGCCCCGCCUCUCGGCAGGUGUGGCCGAGGUCAUCGUUCUGGUUGGGGGUCGUCAGAUGGUGGGGAUGACCCAGCGCUCGCUGGUGGCUGUCACUUGCUGGAACCCGCAGAACAACAAGUGGUACCCCUUGGCCUCGCUGCCUUUCUAUGACCGCGAGUUCUUCAGCGUAGUGAGUGCUGGGGACAACAUCUACCUCUCAGGUGGGAUGGAAUCGGGGGUGACGCUGGCCGAUGUCUGGUGCUACAUGUCCCUGCUGGAUAACUGGAACCUGGUCUCCAGAAUGACGGUCCCACGCUGUCGGCACAACAGCCUGGUCUACGACGGGAAGAUUUACACCCUCGGAGGACUUGGUGUGGCGGGCAACGUGGACCAUGUGGAGAGGUACGACACCAUCACCAACCAGUGGGAGGCAGUGGCCCCCCUGCCCAAGGCAGUGCACUCGGCAGCAGCCACCGUGUGUGGCGGCAAGAUCUAUGUGUUCGGUGGGGUGAAUGAGGCGGGCCGAGCCGCGGGCGUCCUCCAGUCCUACGUGCCUCAGACCAACACGUGGAGCUUCAUCGAGUCCCCGAUGAUCGACAACAAGUACGCGCCUGCGGUCACUCUCAACGGCUUCGUGUUCAUCCUGGGCGGGGCCUAUGCCAGAGCCACCACCAUCUAUGAUCCUGACAAAGGAAACAUCAAGGCAGGCCCAAACAUGAAUCACUCCCGCCAGUUUUGCAGUGCCGUGGUGCUCGAUGGCAAGAUCUUUGCAACCGGAGGCAUUGUCAGCAGCGAGGGGCCAGCCCUGGGCAACAUGGAAGCCUACGAGCCCACAACCAACACGUGGACCCUCCUUCCCCACAUGCCCUGCCCUGUGUUCAGACACGGCUGCGUCGUGAUAAAGAAAUACAUUCAGAGCGGCUGACGUCCGGGGGACGCCCACACCAAGACUGGACGAGUCUGGUGAGGCAGAUGCUCUGCACAGUGAUGAUCUUUCAGCAACACCAGUGAGAGGCCAAUAAAACCCAAUCGAGGAGCUCAGUGUGCUGGACAUUUUGAAUACUCUACAUUGAAUGUAGGAAAUCAUCCUCGCCUUCGGGUGACACGGGGGCACCGCGCUCAAGGCCGAGAAGCGGACCACGCCAGCCAGCGCUCGCUCACUCUCAGUGGGGACGCUCACUCUGCCCGGUGCAAGAGUUUCACAUAUUUUUCAACUGGGAGAGAGAAGCUGUUCUUUUCCUUCCUGCAGAGCAAGCUUGACCCCUAAACUACCAUCGAUCAGUUACCCUGACAAUAUUAAGCAUCAGGCUCCUUUGGAAUAAGAUCAAAGUGUCCUUAUCACUUUGAUUCCUACUUUUGCUUUUUAAUCCAUCUACACUUUCAGUGGCCGUGAGAAAUGAGGGACAGGACCGUGCAGUGCGAGGCCUAGGCCUAGGAGGCCGCUGUCUCUGCCAGGACCGGUGCGAGACGGGAGGCCGCACUGAGCCAGGGGUGGUGGCUGCAGGGGCCGCUGGGGAGAGGCCAUCUGUCCUUCGCAGGUUUUUCUACCAUGUUUUUGCUGGAGAAGGACAAGAUGGUUGUGCUAGCUUUCUCUUAUCCAAUAGGAAUUAUUUAGAUUUCCAAGGCAUUUUCUUGAUAAACAAAAGGCUAUUUUUAAGUACUGAGAGAAGGCAGAGGCCAAGAGAGGGAUGCUGCUGUGGGAAUCCCAAAGCUCUCUGUGGGUAGUGCCAGAGGGGGCAUUUGCUCUCAUUUUUCUAUGUGCAGAAUAGAGGCUCUCUCCUGGGGUGGGCCAUGCCCCGCUUUAUUUUUUGAAAAAGUAUCUCCCUGACAGCCCCUCUGGGACUGCACCUCAGAGGAAGGUCUGUUCUAGGAGGACACAGUUCUGGCUCCUGACCCCCGUCCAGCUCCCUCCGUGAGGGAGGGAGGGAGGACCCAGGCCAGGGGAAGGGAUGGAGUGAGGGCGGGAGGAGAAAUGUCUACAAAGCACAGGAGACUAUUUUUGAUAUUUAUAGCUAUAUAUUAAGGCACCUGCCACAGGAGCUCUCAGGAGGGGGACAGCCUUCUUAGACGAGCCAUGACAGCCACGGCCUGAGGGGCAAGAGCAGAACCCUACCCCGAGCAGAGGGAAGCCAGGAGGGAGCACAGGCGCAGGCUCGGAGGAGGAAGGCCUCAGCGCCGGCCCUGAGACCCUCCCACCUCACCCGGCCAUCAGCUUCCAUUCCAGGGCAGGAGGCAGGCUGCCGCCACCGUGCUGUUCAGUUGAAGUUGAUACCAAAUGCACAUUUACCAUUUUCCUGUCUGGGACGUGGGCUCACCAUCUCUUCGUGAUAAGAGCCGUCUCUAAGGACAACGAGGAGAUGCUUCCCACCGUUCGGCGUCUGCUGACACGAAAUUCCUAACGCCAGGCAUCAACUUCUAGCACUACAAGUACGGCUCCCACUUGGACAAGAUACCGAGCUUCGUUAUGCAGUUUUUAAUAUUAUUUAUUAUUUUAAAAAGUAAUAAGCACAAAACUACAUACAUUGUAUGUCAUUUAAAGUAUUUAUGUCAAACAGGGUGCAAGUGUGAACCCAAGGACUGGAGCACAAAUCCUAGCUGCCUGGGGCAGGGCUAACGUUAGCAUUGGUGUGUGUCUGCCUCCAAGGGAGGUGCUAGUGGUCACCAAGACUCCACAGAUGACACUGAAAUUCCAUUUCUCUCCUCAUCUGUCACACUGGAGCAAAACUGGCUAUUUCUGUGAAUGAUAAAACAGGGUUCUCUGUAAUGGUAUUGUACAUAGUAUAUGUUUAUUGUU